AUGUAUGGGACUCUUGCCUAUCUCUCUUUUUUCCUGACUUGCUCUCUUGCAAGAAGCGUCGGUGAUGUACACCAACACGCUGCUCGAACGACCACACAGUAUGCUCAGAAGCAGCCGCCGUUGGACACUCCUUGGACGGAGGAUGUCGGGACAAAUCCGUGGCCCGAAUACCCCCGUCCACAGAUGGCGAGGAGUCAGUGGCAGAAUUUGAAUGGUAUCUGGCAGUAUCAGAGUGCUUCCAGCCUGAAUGACAGCCAAUACCCGCCUUUCGGUCAAGAUCUCGCUCAAGAGGUCCUGAUCCCUUCGUGCCUCGAAAGUGGACUCUCUGGCAUUCAAGGAACAAACACGCUCUAUUCUUGGUUCAGGACCAACUUCACAGUUCCGAAUUCCUGGGGUGGAGAGAGCAUUCUCCUCAACUUCGGAGCUGUAGACUAUGAAGCUACCGUCUUUAUCAACGGAAAGCAGGCGGGUUUCAACCGCGGUGGUUACUUUGAAUUUACCGUCGACAUUACCCAAUAUGUCGACACAUCGGCGUCUAACGAAAUGCUUGUUUUCGUGCAUGACCCGACCGAUAGCGAUGGCUAUGUCAUCCCUAUCGGCAAGCAGCGAUUAAUCCCGUCGCAUAUCUUUUACACUCCCUGCAGUGGUAUUUGGCAGAGCGUAUGGAUCGAAACUGCCCCGGCAAACUAUGUGACGCAACUUGAUCUUACCGCUGACAUGCACGGCCAAGUCAAUGCUACCGUGCACAGUUUCACGGGCAAUGGCACGACAGUGAACAUCUCUGUGUUAGAUGGCGACGACGUGGUCGGAUCCGCCAGCGGCUUAUCCGAUCAGCCUCUUCUGUUCAAUGUUUCCGAUCCCAAGCUUUGGUCUCCGGACUCGCCCAAUCUGUACAACGUGACAGUCACCAUGGGACAAGACAAGAUCUCGAGUUACACUGGCUUCCGCACAAUCUCGAAGGGUACUGUGGAUGGUAUUGUCCGGCCUCUGUUGAACGGAAACUUCAGCUUCAUCUUUGGUACACUUGAUCAGGGAUACUGGCCAGACGGACUCUACACUCCCCCGAACCGUGAAGCGAUGGUCUAUGACCUGAAGUUCCUCAAAGACAUGGGCUUCAAUAUGGUCCGCAAGCAUAUCAAAGUUGAGCCAGCGCUCUGGUACCGUGCAUGUGACGAAAUGGGUCUCCUGGUUAUUCAGGAUAUGCCAUCUCUUCGGCCGCUGGAGACCACAGUUGAUGCCAACGGCGUGUCUGUAACUAUAUUGCCCGACGCGGACCAGCAAAAUGAAUUCGGAAGGCAACUGGAGGUGCUGGUCAAUCAGCUCAAGAGCUAUCCUAGUAUCUUUGCCUGGGUGAUUUAUAACGAAGGAUGGGGCCAGAUCACCAGCUACUAUCCCGAGUUCAACCUAACGUCGAUUGUGAAGCAACUUGAUCCCACUAGACUGGUUGAUGCGACAUCUGGCUGGCAUGACCACGGCGCCGGCGACUUUAGCGAUAACCACCACUAUGCGAACCCCCAGUGCGGCACUCCGUUCUAUUCUAUCGACUCCAGCCCGUAUGACUCGAACCGGAUCGGCAUCCAAGGAGAGUUUGGAGGACUUGGGAACAACGUUUCGAUCGAGCACCUUUGGAACAACCAAGAAGCGAUCAACAGCAUCAAUGAGACAUAUGAGAUUGAUACAGACGUGGAUGCUUGGAACUACCGCAGCCACCUUCUGCUGUCCGAGCUGCAGGAUCAGGUCCGCCUGUACGCCUGCAGUGUUGGGGUAUGGACUCAAACGGUUGAUGUUGAGGGUGAAGUAAAUGGAUUGAUGACAUACGAUCGGCGCGUAAAGCGGGUGAACGAGACUCAAUGGAAGGAUGAUAUCCAAGGUCUGUAUGAUGCGGCGUCCAAGAGGACCAAUUCUUCGUCGACGAAUUGAUGAUGUUUUUGUCUAAAAAUAGCAUGGUUGGGUAUAUCGUUUGAUAUCCAUUUGCAUACAAAUAGAAGCGCU